AUGUUGGCUCUGUCGCCACCCAAAAUGAAAAGAACACCCCGCAGCCAUUUCGCUAGAUUACCAGCGACUGGGGUUGUCGGAGGGUCCACAGAAAACAAUGCUAGUCCAUUUCACACGAGAUCAUCCCCUCCUAAAAGCUUAAGGCCAAUUAAUUUGAACUCUCGAGUUCAUUCUUCGUCAUCUGAUUAUAGCCCAUUGGUGGUGCUAAAUUCCAGUAGCCCCAGGAGCUUAGCAUCAAAACCACUAGAUAGCUUACUGAAUUUUUCGACUCUUUUACCGCGUUAUAUCCUAGCACCUCCACCCCGGGAGCCGAUGGCAUAUAUGCCAUUUUCGCCUUCAUCGUUUGUGAAUGGGGUCCGUAAUUCCUCGCCUUGGAGUUUUGAGUUUUUGGGUGUUAGAAAGGCCAACCCCAUCCCGUCAUUCGCUACCACCGCCUCGAUGAAGAAAAUGGAAGAGUUUAAGAACGACAUAAAUGAUGAAUUUCAUGUUGAUGUCGACGAGAAAUUGGGUGGUUGUGUUCGGGGUGUGGGUCGAACAAGGAUCCGAGUGCGCGACAUAGAGAACAGCAAGGAGACGGAGGCUCUCCUUCUUCAAGGCGGGUUUCGAAUCAUUGCCAUCGUCAUAGAGGCAGUUGAGGAGCAUCGAAACACCGUCAUUUGA